GGAAGUUUCAUUGUUUUCAACUAAAUAAGUAAUAAAAGAAACUGUUUACAUUUUUUUACAACGUUUACAUAAUCUUUUGAUAAAAAAAACUCUAAUGAUCCAGAAUUAUUGUGUAGUCAUCCAUUUUUUUCUUUGUUAGUAUGAUGAUCUUGCUCGUUUGAUGAUAAAAGUUUUACAAAAUAUUUACUAGUUAUAAAACCCAUGACUAUAUUAUUUCAUCUGUAUGUAUUCUCUUUGCCUUUUUCUGUUACUAUAUACAUAACAUAUUUUCAUUUAUAUAUUUUGUAGAAACAUAUAUAUUUUGUAUAUUUAUUCUUAUAUCAUCCCCUGGACUUUUAUCAUUCUCUUCAUUGGAAUGAGUUUUACCCUCUUGUACUCGAAGCCCGUAGGUAGAGUUGGCAAAAAAAGAAGAUGAUUUUGGAUUUUGUUUUGCAAUAACAUUUUGUUGUAACAAAAUGUUAUGCUUCUCAAAUAGACUGCAGAAACACAUGUUGGCACCUCAGCUUGUUGGUUUGCCACAUUGCCACUAGAGCUUGCCUUAAAAUAGACUAACCAAAAAAAAACAUAGAAGGCGGAGAGAACAAAGGAAAACCAAUAGUGAAGCAGAGUGCUCCAUGCAUGGAUUCAAUCAACAGGAUCAUCAACUUCGUGUUUCCUCCUUUAGCCUUGUACGGACUUUUUGUCUUCUACCCAAUUUACCAGAGACUGAAGUCCGCCGUCUCCAUCUGGCGGAAUGUUUUACGGGAAAAUGUCGCCGGAAAAGUGGUUCUAAUCACCGGCGCAGCUUCUGGCAUAGGCGAGGCUUUAGCAUAUGAGUACGGGAAGAAAGGUGCGUACUUAGCACUUGUUGAUAUAAGAGACGAACCUCUCUUCCACGUGGCGGCUCUCGUUGAGCACUAUGGGUCCCCUGAAGUCAUCCCCAUGGUCGCCGAUGUUUCUAAGAUCAUCUCCAUCGCUGUUGCUCUCCACGACUGCGAACGUUUUAUCCAAGCCGCGGUUCUUCAUUUUGGCCGAUUGGAUCAUCUAGUUACAAAUGCAGGAGUUGCUCCACUCUAUUUGUUUGAAGACAUCGACGAUCUUUCCAUGGCUAUGCCAGCUAUGGACAUAAACUUUUGGGGAUCUGUGUAUUGCACCUUCUUUGCUUCUUCGUACUUAAAGAAGUCUAGAGGAAAGAUUGUGGUGAUUGCUUCUGGAUGUGGAUGCAUUGCUUCACCCAGAUUGAGCUUUUAUUGUGCGAGUAAAGCUGCUGUGAUCGCGUUUUACGAAACUCUAAGAAUUGAGUUCGGAUCAAAGGUCGGGGUUACCAUAGUAGCACCUGGGGUUGUUGACUCAGAAAUGACCCAAGGCAAGUUCAUGACAAAGAACGGACAAUUCAUAGUGGACAAAGAGCUCAGAGAUGUACACAUAAGCUUAUUGCCAGUGGAAUCAGCAGAGAGGUGCGCUAAAGCGGUACUAAGGAGCGUGUGCAGAGGAGAUAGGUAAAACAUCGUAAUUCUGACGGAAAAUGAGAUCUUCGGAAUAUUCCGACGAAUUUCCGAGGAAAUUCCGAGGAAACUCAAAUUUGUGUUUCCUCGGAAUUUCUUCGAAAUAUACCGAUGAAAUACUGAGGAAGGCAUAUUCCUCGGAAAAAACCGACGAAUAUCCGAGGAUAUAUUAUAGCCGUUGGAGAGCCGUUGGGGAUUUUAAAAAUUUCGAGGAAAUUCUGAGGAAAGAGCCGUUGCCGUCGGUAUUCCGUCGGAAUUUCCUCGGUACUGUCGGCAGCAUUUCAUCUAUCAAUACCCGCACUCCCCAACCUCUUCAUUCACUCCAUUUCUUCAUCCUCUCACAUACUAUAUUUACACACGAAUUUGAUUGAAAAAAAUAUGUCUUCUUCAAAUUAUUAUCGUUCUUGGAUCGAUCGACCUCAUUUGGAUCCGAACACGAGAUUGCUUACGGAA